UGUGCGUGUGUUGGUGAGAUAAUUUUGUUACAGUUAAAGAUCGAUUCCACGUCAAGGAAGUGUUUACAUUCAGUAUUUUCUAUUGCCCUAGAAAACGCCGGUGCUUGUAAAAAUGGCGGUAUCAACAACGGUGUCGCUGGUGCUGGCUUCGCUGUCGGCUGUGCUUAUUUUUUCGGGCAUGCAGAUGUAUCGACCCCUGUUGGCCUCCUCCCAAAUGGCUACCAUCUUUGGCGGGUACCUCGGAUCGUGGCUUUUUAUCCUUUCGCUUACCGCGGUGUCUAACCUGGAAGCGGUCGUACUGGGCUACGGAUUUCAGGCCAAGUUCUUUCCGGAAGUUUCAUUCUGUCUAGUGGUGGCAUUGUUUGCCUGUGGUAUGGUUCACCGUGUUUGUGUCACUUCGUGCGUUCUGUUCUCCAUUGCUGCCCUUUACUAUGUGAACAAAAUAUCGCACAAAGUACAUAACGUAGCCGUACAGGUGGAUAGCUACGCUGGGAAGAAAAAGAAGAAAUGAAAAUCCUUUACAACCGGGAAUUCGAUUAUCUAAGGGCUAGAAUGCAAUUUUUGACUUGCAUCACUUGU